AUGCAGUCUCUGUUCGGCGGAGGGGAGCUGGGGCUGCUGGGAGGCGGCGGCGGCGGCGACCUGAAGGAGGACGGCUGCGGCGGCGUGACGUCGUGGCACUCCUCACCGCUGCCCCCCGACGACGUCUACUCGGCCUCCCACUUCGCCCUCAUCAGCGCCUACCAGGAGAUCAAGGGGAGACUGGCCCUGCUGGAGCGCGAGAACACCAGCAUCAAGAGGAAGCUCAAGAUCUACGAGAUCAAGUUCCCCAUGAUCAAUGAGUUCGGGGAGGACACCAACUCGUACUGCUCCUUCGAGAGUAAGGAGACGGCGCUGCUGCACUCUGAAAAUGGCGGCCUGCAGCAGAGAGUCAACGUCCUGACCCACGAGCUCCAGAAGAGGAAGGAGCGAGAGGAGCAGCUGGAGGAUGUGAUCCAGGCCUACGAGAAGAUCCACAUGGAGAAGAGCAACCUCCAGAGGGACCUGGACAAGAUGACCGGCCUGGUGGAGAAGCACGUGGAGCGCGUCCUGGGCCUGGAGGCGGCGCUCCGUCAGCGGGACAACUCGCUGCAGAAGCUCAACAAGCAGCUGCACAGCAAAGACAUGCAGUUCCUGCAGCGGCACGCCGGGCCCGACGCACACAUGCUGGACUGCCCAGCUUUGACCCUCCAGAGCUCCCGUAGCCUGGACGCCCUGUCCGACCUGAAGCUGCAGCGGCUAGAGGCGGAGCUGGAGGGGGCGCGGCACGAGGCCCAGGGGGCGUGUCAGAGGGAAGAGGAGCUGAAGGGCGAGUGUAAGGGGCUGAAGGAGGACAUGAGGAUGCUGCAGAGCAGCCAGAGGGACCGGGAAAUUACUUCUCCGUGCAAGCAGUGUGAUGUGGAGUGGAUAAAGAAGGUGGGAGAUGAGCAGGUGAACUUGGCUCUGGCCUACACGGAGCUGACGGAGGAGCUGGGACGCCUCCAAGCACUCAGCUGCAAGCAGACGGAGAUCCUGAGGAAAGCGUCGCAGGAGCAUUCUAGUCCAGUCCAGCGUCACUCUCCCAUCCACCACCAGCGCCACUCUCCGGUACCUCAGCGCCACUCGCCGGUCCCGCCCCCGUCGCAGCACUCCCCCAUCCAGCAGAGACGCUCCCCGGUGCUGCAGCGCCUCUCCCCGGACAUCCACCGCCGCUCCCCCUUGCUGGACGUCAACGACGGGCCGGCCUCUUACUCCUGCCGCCCACCCAUCCAGCACCUGAGGGCCAGCUUCCAGGGCCGCCGCAGCUACUCCGAGGUGGCCGACCCCUCCGCUUACCACUGCCCCCCCCGCUUCUCCCUGGACCCCGUCGCCACCCUUCCCAAGCCUCGGCCCUACAACGACGGCUACGCCAAACAGCAGCCCCAACACGGGGGCUCUCCUCGCGGGGGACCGCAGCACCGCGGCUCCCCGUCCCACCACAAAGCGGGCCCCGGAGGAGGAGACGACAGCUCCGUGCGCCACUCAAGAGAGAUGCCGUUCCCGCUGUCGGAGGUGGCCCACCUGCAUUUCGAGCCCCCUCCACCUUCCACGCCGGCCCCCCGGCCCCCGCAGUCCUCCGAAGAUGAGGAGGAGUGGGCCUGCCCGCAUCCCAUCAGCCCCCCGCGGACGCUGGGCGUGCUCUCCGCCACGGUGCCCGGCGGCGCCAUGAGAGGCCCGGCGUCCUGCUCGGCGUUCCCCAUCCCUCAGAGGUCCAACACCCUCAGCUGCCACCCGCAGCCGGGCUACUUGUCGGCGGAGCACGCCCAGUCCUGGCCUUCGAUCAACCUCUGGAUGGAGACGGAGGAGAGCGACAUGCGCAGCUGCCCUCUCUGCCAGCUGAUAUUCCCCAUGGGUUACCCCGACGACGCCCUCAUCAAGCACAUCGACUCCCACCUGGAGAACAGCAAGAUCUGAUUGCCGUGGC